UUCUGUUCCCAACCCAUGAACCCUUGCAUAAACGACCGCCGUGAGAGGACAAACAGCGGAUAGAGCUGCAUUAAACUAUAUUUAUAUAUACAUACUCACACACAGGGGCUUUGGGUAGCCCUAUAAGAUGAGCAGGAUUGCUGCAAUCCUACGGCGUGGCUUCGGAGUAGUACGCGAGCACGUCGGGACCGAUCAUUUGGGGAACAAAUAUUACUUAAUCCCAGAGCAGAAGACAUGGACAGGAAGGAUUGUCCGUGCCAAGCGGAUAGUAGAAGCAGCCAAUGCUAAAGAAUAUGAAUAUAUGGAAGGCAGCAUUCCGAUGGAGUGGGACGCUUGGAUCCGAGGCAGACGGAAGGAGCCCCCCUCCAUCGAGGAGCUGCUGAAGAACGAGUCCAGCAGGGAGCAGAUAAAAACAAAAGCCAAGGAGGUGGAGGAGAAAGAUCGGGCUCUGCUGGCUAAAGAGUACAAGGAGGGUCUGGUGGCGACUCCUGCGAGUACUGUGGCCAAGGGCCAUGCAGCUGCCACCAGCUUCGGCAAGCAAGAAUUCAACGAGGAACCAACCAGCACUGCAAACACGUUCCAGCCUGGCUCCUGGAUGCCCACUUCCAAGAAAGACUAAUCCAAUCAACAAAAGGGGCCCCACAAUAAAAUUACUUGAGAUUUAAUAUUGGAAAUUCCUUAGAGUAUAAUGUAGUCAACGUCCCCAUAAAUUUUGGGUGUUUGCGUUACCAGACUGCAUUACGGGGGUUCUUCUUUUCUUGCUGCUUGUGUCUGUAUUAUAUAUAUAUACACAUGAGAGUAUCCAUCACUUAUCUUGAAGCUGAAUUAAACUAAGUUCAUGCUGGUUGUUACCGUAACACUGGUGAAAGACUGAAUGAUAAAAAAGAAAACAAAAUGAAUAAAUUGCACUGAGUACGACUACAAACAUCUUUCAGGGAAAGUGAAAUAAGUAUAAUUUAUUAAAUGUGGUUACAUUAAAUGAACUGUUAAUGUCUCUUUGCUACAGAAUAUUGAUUUGAAGAUCACAAAUAAUAAUAAUAAUGUUGCAGUUUAUGGAUUUAAAGACAUUGUUCUCUCAUUUAUGUUGACAGUAUAUGUUGGGCAGACACGGUUCUGUGUAAAGUCUUGAGCUACUCCUGAUUUCUUUAUUUUGCUAGGAAACUGGGAAAUAGAUGCAGCAAUUUAUCUGAAAUGUGCAAACCUAUAAAAAUACAGUAAACUAGGCAAAAAAGUCAAUAUUUGGUAUCCUUGCCUUUAUUCUUUAGAACAGCCUGAACUCUUUUAGGCAGGUUUUCCUUGUAAUUUAAAGCUCUUCUUUGGAUGUUGGCUGCUUUUUGUUCUGUUUUCUGUCCCGAUGAUCCCACCCUGCUUCAGUAAUAUUGAGGUUCGGACUCUGGGGAGACCAAUCCAUGACUGAUAGUGUUCCAUUGUGUGUUUUUUCUAUCCACGUUUAUUUUUACUGGAUUUGAAAUGCAUUUGGGAUGAUUUUCAUGCUGAACAACGGAGGAUCAUAAUCUGAUGUUCGUAAUUCCAUCAGUUUUAUCAAGACCUCCAACAUCACUGGUUGAAACGCAGCUCCAAACCAUGACAGAGCCUGUGCUGUGUUUUGCAGAUGGCUGUAGAUGUUCACUGUUGUAUCUCUCUCCUGACCUCCUCCGUACAAUGCUCAUGACGAUUUAACCCAAAAAUGUCAAAUUUGCAUUCAUCACUGAAUUUUCAGUCUAGUUCUUGUAGAAUAACUCAGCCUUUUCUUCCUGUUUCUCUUUAAGCAUAGAUUCCUCACAGCCACCCUUCCACUGAGACCAUUUAUGAUGAGACUUUUGCAUCUGUGUCAGAUCUUUGCUGCAUUUUUUCCCCCAUUUCUUAAGGACAUAACUUUCAGAUACCGUUCAUCUUCGAUAGAUAGUUUUGUUUAAGGCUGUCACUUCUUCUUUUGUCCAGAUUCUUUAAGGGCAAACUGCUCAGCAUGCCAAAAUAUUCCUAUUUGUCACCCUGUUGUUGCAAAAAUACUAUUUUACACCUCUCCAAACUGUGUUGUCUUGGGCAGUUUUCAUAGAUUCUACUACAGAAAUGGUAAUUAUGUAUUUUUGUGACAGGCUGCUAGUAAUAAAGUGCCUAGAGGUACAA